UUCGUGCCAAGUCUCAGUGUUCACAUAUAUAUAUAUAUAUAUAUAUAUUCAUCCCAAUGCCUUCUAGGUUUUCCGAAAAUUCAAUUCUAGGGUCAGGUGUAAUCUCAUAGAGCUGGUCAUGACCCAUUUGCAUAGCCUCAGAAAUGCAUCUAUUCUCAAAUGGGUUUCUUCAAAUAUUGCUCAAAACCACCUUAGAUCAUCAAGAACCCCACUUCAGCCAAUUGGGUCUUUCCCCAAUUCUCAUGCCAUCAGGCUUUACGGUACCAAAACAGCUCUUGAAGCUGAAAACCCUGAAAACUUGGAUAUAACUUCGACUUCUAGUGGAAAAAAUGGAGGGGGGAUUUCUAGAGUUAUUCGAAAAGAAGCCCAGGCUGCAUUGUUGGAGUAUUUGCACUGUACUAGGGGCUUGCAGUUCAUGGAUGCAGAGAAUAUGAGUAAAAACUCCCCGCAGUUUCUCAACAAGCUCUUAACAAGUGUUGAUGGUGAAAUUGAUAAUGAAAUUGGGGGCUUGAUUUCCCGGUAUUUGAGGUACCACCCCAUUAAUGAAUUUGAGCCUUUCUUUGAGAGCUUGGGAUUAAAACCUUCAGAGUAUAUCCCCCGUCUUCCUCGGAAUUUGAUGUUCUUGACCGAUGAUGGUUUGUUGCUUCACAAUUAUACUGUUUUGUGUAGUUAUGGGGUUUCACGUAGCAAGAUAGGAAAGAUUUAUAAAGAAGCAACACAAGUGUUUCGAUAUGAUUUUGAGGUGUUGCUAUCGAAACUUCAGGCUUAUGAAGAACUAGGUCUCAGCCAAUUUGCUUUAGUUAAGUUUAUUGUUUGCAGCCCUUAUAUUUUAGUUGGGGAUGUAAAUGUGCCAUUUGUUAAGGUACUAGAAAAGUUGAAGAGUUUGGGGUUUGAGACCUAUUGGAUUGAAAGGAAUUUAUCAGAAGAGAAUAUUUAUAGUUGGAGCCGGAUGCUUGAAGUGCUAAGGUUGUUUAAUGAGAUGGGUUGCAGCAACGUGCAGUUGGUUGGAUUACUUGGCCAGCAUCCGGAUAUUUUAUUUGAGAGUUCAGGAGAAACGACACUGCUCUUAAUUGGGUUCUUACUGAAGUUUGGAUCCACAAGGAGCCAAAUAUGUUCAAUGUUUCUGCAGUUUCCACAAAUUCAGAUUAUGCAAUUUGUUCUGAAUUUGAGGAAAUGUCUUUUGGUCCUAAAUGAGAUUGAGAUGGAGGUUGCAGAGAUUCAGAAGAUUGUUUGUUCACACCCCCUGCUACUGGGUUCGUGUGCUCUGAAAAGCACUAACAGCUUACUUUCUUACUUGAAGAUUGGGAAGAAGCGUCUGUCUAGGUACAUACAGGAGAACCCUGAAGCAUUAAAGAAAUGGGUUCUAGGUAGAAGAGUUGAGCCACUUCCAGACUCGGAAGAGGACUCAAAGGGAAAGAGAAUUAAGUUCUUGUUAGACAUAGGAUUUGUAGAGAACUCGAACAAAAUGAAAGAAGCACUAAAGCUAUUUCGAGGCAAGGGAGGGGAACUUCAAGACAGAUUUGAUUGUAUAGUGAAUGCUGGUUUAAAUCACCAGGAUGUCUGUAAAAUGAUUAAAGUAUCCCCUCAAAUUCUGAACCAGAAAAGGGAUGUGUUACAAAUGAAGAUUGAUGUUCUUGUAAAUCAUCUGGGUUAUCCUGUAUCAUCUUUGGUGAACUUCCCAUCAUAUCUAUCCUAUACAACUCAAAGGGUCAAGCUCAGAGUAUUCAUGUACAAUUGGCUCACUGGUCAAGGAACAAUAGCCCCUACACUUGCCUUGAGCACUGUCGUCGCAAUGGCGGAGAAAACAUUUAUAUCGCAAUAUGUAAAUCAUCAUCCUUGUGGUCCUCAAGUUUGGCAGGAAUUGAAGGGUAAAAUGUAUUCUUUAUAAUAAAUUAUUUUUGCACCCCUUCUGUGGUUCUGCACAAUUGCAUUGCUGACGAUCCCGAGUUGGUACUGACACAUUCGUUUCUUUUUCUCUUACAUGCUGACAUCUUUUGAGGAUUAACAGUUCUCGGGUGAUAUGGCACGUAAGAACAAGUAGAAACAGAGUAUAUGUAAGUAUUAACACCAAUUUAUUUCAACUUUUAAGUCUAAUAAUCUUUAUCCUGAGUUGAAUGACCAUCUGAGUUUUACAUAGAAUGCUAAUGUUGUAUUGAAUCAUCCGACUAAAGCCAAUUGACAAUUAGGUAGAGUUCCCACAUUUUUGAGUCUUUUGUGUACAUGGCUUUAAAUGCCAAUUCUGAAUCCCUUCCAAGUGUUGUGUAACUGAACCAAAAAUGUGGAUCAAUAUAUUAGUUGACAAUGACAUGAAGCAGGGUUGUUAUAUUGAGUUUCAAACAUAAAUAACUUAUCUGAUCUGGUACCAUGAUAGAGUUGGAGCAUGCAAUACAAACUUGAUUGGCAAUCAGUGCAUAGGUUGGAAUGUAUACCUGUGUGGAUGACAAUGCCCUAUUUGGGAUUUUAUUCUCUGAACAUUAGAGAGAUAAAUGAUUAAGUAAUAUCAUUUAUGCCCUAUUUGGGAUUUUAUUCUCUGAACAUUAAAGAGAUAAAUGAUUAAGUAAUAUCAUUUAUGCUAUAAUGCAAAAUUUUUCCUCUUUUACACGUUCUCAGUUGAGUUUCUGUUGGAUGUGCUACAUUUCUCUUGGUCUUGCUAAGCUUUGCAAAUAGGAAAUUGCAUUUUCACAUACUUUAUAAACUGAGUUGUCCUCAUAACCCUCUGAUCCUUUAUUCCCCACCUCUACUUUUUUUUUUUUUGCUCAUAUCCUUUAUUCCCUUUUUGACAUUGUAAGACUUGGAAGUAAUCUAGUUUAACUUGUGUUACAGUGUUAUAAAUGGCUCUAGUGAAUUGACCCUACUCUAUUUUGAUGUUGCUGUAUAAGGAUAAACGUUUGGUACAGCAACCGUUAGCCUAGUUCAAAGAAAAUUUCAGCUAUUAUGAUAUACACCUUUUUCUUUCAAUGAUUUUGAAUUUCU